GAGGUGGUACCAGAGAAAGAUUCGUCACGUAUCUCAUCCUAGAAGUACUCCAAAUUUAUUAUGUAGUAGUUGAGCCCUUGACCAUAACAAACUUCUAUGAAAAAAUCGAGGAUAAUUUAUCUCUCUUGGGAAAAACGACACAAUUUCAUGUCGAAUCGCAGAAUCGAUUAGUUGGAAAUUAUAGAAACAUCAUGCAGGAUACCACUGAGGAAAGAAUAAUCGCAUACUGA